AUGGAACUGUCCACGAAAUUCACGAAGAGGGCGCUGCUCCCGAUAGCUCUGCUGCUCUUCACCUGGUGCUUCGUUCUCUUCCCCAAUGCCUCCAGGGAAGUGAUCUCCCGAGUACCUCGUGUCAACUUCGAGUUCCCUCAUACGCCGCGGUCGCCCUUCAACGAGACCAAGGUUGCGUUGUUGAUUGAAGGCAGAGCUUUGCCGCAUCUCACUCCCUUGCUACUUCAUUAUAUGAGUGUCGUGCCACCGGAUUGGAGAUUUAAAUUCUUUGGUACGGAAGAAGCCAUCCAACGGCUCAACCGUUCUCAUGUCGUUCGUGCCCACAUCAACGAUGGAAAACUCGACAUUGCCCAACUCCCCGAAGGCCUGUCGCUGAAUGGCCAGGAGGCAACUUCUCAGACGUUCACAAACCUCACAUUCUACCGCGACGUUCUCUAUCCUGCCGAAUUUCUACUGGUCUUCCAAACCGACGCUAUGAUUUGUGCCAACUCGAAGCAGAAUCUAGAUGAUUGGUUAGAGUACGAUUGGGUCGGUGCUAGUUGGAAUACCGGCGACAGGUUUGGAGGAAACGGAGGCCUCAGUAUUCGACGGGUAUCGAGGAUUAUAAGGAUUUUAGAGAAUCAGAUCAGAAUUCCGCAUACCGAGCCGGAAGAUGUGUGGUUGACAUCGAGGUUGGGACUACUACCCGGCGCGCAUUUGGCGAACGGAACGGAGCAGCAGAAGUUCUCGGCUGAGAUGAUAUUUAGUGAGAAGCCGAUGGGCUUCCACACAGGGAAUGGAGGAGAAUGGCUCCACGGCGGGGUCUGGGGCAAACCUGAACUCCGGAAAAAUAUGUGGGAGUAUUGUCCCGAAAUCAAAAUGAUGUUACCCAUGGACGCGGAACGCUUCAUAGAUUCGAAAAAGUGUCCGUCCAAGCAGAAUUGGAAGAGAGAUACCGAUACUAGCGAUAAUUUGCCUGGAAUUUUCCUAUGA